AUGGACAACACAGGGGGCCUUGUGCCUACAGCAUCAGGGAACAGCCACCGUGUGACUGGAGCAGAAUACUGUGUGGAGUUCCAGAGGACCAAUGGCUCCCUGAAUGUGACCUCUGAGAAUGCCACCUCUCCUGUCAUCGAGUUCUGGGAGAGGCGGGUCCUGAAGAUCUCCGAUGGCAUCCAUGACCUGGGGGCCCUGCGCUGGGAGCUGGCCUUGUGCCUCCUGCUCGCCUGGGUCAUCUGCUACUUCUGCAUCUGGAAGGGGGUCAAGUCCACGGGCAAGGUGGUGUACUUCACAGCCACAUUCCCCUACCUCAUGCUGGUGGUCCUGUUAAUUCGAGGGGUGACGCUGCCCGGGGCAGCCCAAGGAAUUCAGUUUUACCUGUACCCCAACCUCACGCGUCUGUGGGAUCCCCAGGUGUGGAUGGACGCGGGCACCCAGAUCUUCUUCUCCUUCGCCAUCUGUCUAGGGUGCCUGACCGCCCUGGGCAGCUACAACAAGUACCACAACAACUGCUACAGGGACUGCAUCGCCCUCUGCUUCCUCAACAGCGGCACCAGCUUCGUGGCCGGGUUUGCCAUCUUCUCUGUCCUGGGCUUCAUGUCUCAGGAGCAGGGGGUCCCCAUCUCUGAGGUGGCCGAGUCCGGCCCCGGCCUGGCUUUCAUUGCCUACCCCCGGGCCGUGGUGAUGCUGCCCUUCUCUCCUCUCUGGGCCUGCUGCUUCUUCUUCAUGGUCGUCCUCCUGGGACUGGACAGUCAGUUUGUGUGCGUAGAAAGCCUGGUGACGGCGCUGGUGGACAUGUACCCCCGAGUAUUCCGCAAGAAGAACCGGAGGGAGCUCCUCAUCCUGGGCGUGUCUGUCACCUCCUUCUUCAUCGGGCUGGUCAUGCUCACAGAGGGCGGAAUGUACGUAUUUCAGCUCUUUGACUACUAUGCAGCCAGCGGCAUGUGCCUCCUGUUUGUGGCCAUCUUUGAGUCCCUCUGUGUGGCUUGGGUCUAUGGAGCCAGGCGCUUCUAUGACAACAUUGAAGAUAUGAUUGGAUACAGGCCGUGGCCUCUUAUCAAAUAUUGCUGGCUCUUCCUCACCCCAGCUGUAUGCACAGUAAGAGAACCUUCAGGGGGAAAGCGACAUGAAGGCAAAGAGAGAUGGUGGUGGUAGGAGGAUAGAUCGGC